CGGCGCCGCUCCUGCGCGGGGCCGGUCCCGCCGAGCCGGUCCCGCCGAGCCGUGCCGGGAGCGCUGCGGGGGCAGCGCCCGGGAGGGGGCUCGGGCAGGGCUCCGCGGCCCCCGUGUCCGCAGCGGGCCAGCGGGGAGAGCCGGAACGGAAGCUUCCCGGAACCUGCGUGGCCGGCUCGCGCUUCCUGCAGCGGCCGGUGCUGGUUUGGGUUCCGGUUCCGGGUGGCGGCCGCGUCCUGAGCAGGGUCGCGGAGCGGGCAGGCAUGGGACACGGAGGUGACCACGGCCAUGGCCAUGGCCAUGACAAAGUGGAGCUCCCUGACUACAGGCAGUGGAAGGUGGAGGGGACUCCCCUGGAGGAGGUGCAGAGGAGGCUGGCCAAGCGCGGCCUCAGGGACCCGUGGGCUCGUAAUGAAGUCUGGAGGUACCAGGGUGGCUUUGCAAGACCUAUCACCGUAACAGAAAUCUUUACCAGGGGACUCAAGUGGGGAGCUGCUGCUUUCAUCAUAGCUCUGGGCAUUGAAUAUGCACUGUUUCCUCCAAAGAAAAAUGGAGGCCACCACUGAAGAUCAAAUAUGACAACUUAAUACUUACUGAUCAUAAGCUGAAGCAUACAUAAGCCUGCUGCUCACUCUGUACUUAUAAUAUCCAUAUUAAAGUCUACCACAGGCAAA